GUCCCAUAUUCCCGAUCCCUGUCCCUCUUCCCACUCCCUGUACCCAUCCCAGUUCCCUGUCCCCAUUCCCUGUCGCCAUUCCCUUUAACUGUCCCCAUUCCCGCUGCCUGUCCCCCUUCUCGCUUCCAUUGCCGGUCCCCAUUCCCAUUCCCCGUCCCCAUUCCCAUUCCCUAUCCCCAUUCCCGUUCCCUGUCCCCAUUCCCGUUUCCUGUCCCCAUUCACGCUCCCUGUCCCCAUUGCCGUUCCCUGUCCCCGUUCCCGUUCCCUGUCCCCAUUCCCAUUUCCUGUCCCCAUUCACGCUCCCUGUCCCCAUUCCCGUUUCCUGUCUCCAUUCCCGUUCCCUGUCCCCAUUCCCGUUCCCUCUCCCCAUUCCCUGUCCCCAUUCCCGUUCCCUGUCCCCAUUCCCGCUCUCUGUCCCCUCACCGGACGCCGCCGCCAUCGCUCCGUUCCCCUCACGGCGCUCACGUGACCGCGGCAACCCCGCGCCGCUCCCGCCCACCAAUCCCAGCACGCGGUCGCUCCCUGAUUUGCAUAACCACGCCCUCUGGCCCCGCCCAGCGCCAGCUGCGCUCGUGGCCGGGCGCUCUUUGCUCCCCGUUCCCUCCCAGCGCUCCCAGUAAGAGCGGCACUGGCAGGGAAAGCGCUCCCAGUUCCUGCCCGGGGCUCUCAGCAUCGCUGCUGCUGCUCUCCGUGUCAUUCCCAGCGCUCCCAGUAUCACUCGCAGCGCCGCGCGGGUCGCAGCUGCUCCCACACCGCCCGGGCCAGAGCGCGGCUGCUUUUGGGUGUCGGCACCUGCCCGGGCCGGGCUGGGAGCGGAGGAGGAGAGGGAGGAAGAGAACGAGCGGGAAGAGGAGGAAGAGCAGCAGCGGGAGGAAGAGGAGGGAUACGGGAGGAGCGGCAGGAAGAGGAGGAGCGAUUUUGGAACCACGCGCUUCUGCCGCCCGGCCGCACAGAGCGCAGCUUCCCCCGGGUGCGGCAGCAUCGCCCCCCAAAAACCCGCAGGAUUUCCCUAAGCUCGGCAGCGAGGAGGAGGAGAAGGAGGCCAUGAGGACGAGGUCGAUGUCCCGGGAGCCGCAGGCAGACAAGGAGCUGAGCGCGGCCAGCAGGGAGGACAAAUCCCCGCGGCACAGCCUCGGGCAAGAGGCCGUUUGCAGCGGCUCCACGGCGCAGGAAUGCAACGGGGAGGAAAAGCCCCGCAGAUCCCGCAGCAGGAGGGGCUGCAAACGCACAGCCCGGGGAUCUCAGCAGGAAAGAGCCAGCCCGGGCCGGGGAGGCGGCCGGAGCUCACAGCUGGGGCUGCGUGAGCAGCUUCAGCGUGGGGAGAAGCCCCACAAGUGCUCGCAAUGUGGGAAGGGAUUCACGUGGAGAUCAGAACUGAUCAAACACCGGAGAGUCCACACGGGGGAACAGCCCUACGAGUGUGGGGAGUGUGGGAAGAGAUUCAGCCGCAGCUCAGGCCUGUCUGUGCACCAGUGGAUCCACACUGGGGAGAGACCCUACGAGUGUGAUAAAUGCAGGAAGAGGUUUCACACCAGCUCCAGUCUCCUCAAGCAUUAUCGCAUUCACAAGGAUGAGAGGCCUUAUGAGUGUCCUGACUGUGGGAAGGGCUUCAAGCUCAACUCACACCUUGCCAGGCACCGGCGGACCCACACUGGGGAGAGACCCUACGAGUGUGAUAAAUGCAGGAAGAGGUUUCGGACCAGCUCCAGUCUCUUCGAGCACUAUCGCAUUCACAGGGAUGAGAGACCGUUCUGCUGCUCCAGCUGUGGGAAGGGCUUCAAGCAAAGCCCUGCCCUUGCUGCCCACCGGCGCAGCCACACUGAGGAGAGGCCCUACGAGUGUGAUAAAUGCAGGAAGAGGUUUCAGACCAGCUCCAGUCUCGUCCUGCACUAUCGCACUCACACAGGUGAGAGGCCUUAUGAGUGUCAUGACUGUGGGAAGGGCUUCAAGCACAGCUACAGCCUCAUCCAGCACCGGCGCAUCCACACUGGGGAGAGACCUCACAAAUGUCCCGAGUGUGGGAAGAGCUUCUCAUACAAAUAUACUUUGACCAGGCACCAACGGAGUCUCCACUGAGAGAAGCCCUGCGAGUGCCCCGAGUGCAGGAAGAGCUCCGUGCGCUGCUCCAGCUCCAUCCCCCAGGGCAGGAUCCGCGCUGGAUGAUCCCCAGUGACCCCCGGUGGGCAGAGCCCUGCUGAGCCCUGGUGCCGCUGAUCCGUGUUGGGAAGACACCUGGCUGGGGGCUCCACAUCCUCCUGCCUCCCAUCCCAGUCCAAUUCCCAUUCCCGCUCUCCUUCCCUCUCCCUGUCCCGUAUUCUCUGCCCGGUUGUCGUUCCCAUAUUCCCAGUCCCAUAUUCCCCGUGUGUUGGGAAGGAUAAGGAUUUGACAGGAAGCUCUCAAAGAUAUAUUCCCAAUCCCAUUCCCGCUUUCCAAUUUCCAUUCCCGUUCCCAUCUUCUAAAUCCCCAUCCCAUAUUCUCUCUCCAAUUGCUAUUUCCAUAUUCCGUGUCCCAUUCCCGUAUUCCCAUUCCCUGUUCCUCUUUCCAUUCCCGAUCCCAUCUCCCAGUCCCCAUUCCGAGUUGUUGCAAUGUGUGACAGAGAAGCAUCUCUCAGUCCCUUUGAGAGAGUGCAGAAUGCCAAAUUCGAAUUAAAAAACUUCUGAGAAAUAAAAUACAUUAAGCCAUGGCAACAUGAAAUACAGGUCGGAGGUUUAGUUUAGGUAAGUAGUAAUAUUAAGUUGCAUCGACAUGAAGUAGAAGUAUAAAUCUUAGUUUGAAGUAUGUAGAAAUGUCUCUUAAGUGCCUCAAAAAGUAAAACUCUUAGAGUCUGGUGCUAAAAACAAGCUGCAUUGAGAGCUUAAAAACACAGUUCUAGACAAAAAUAGAGUUAAAAUCAUUUUUAUAUUGUACAGGGAGAAAACAAAGGCGAUGUGCACAAGUUAGACGUACGCGUUUCUAUUGGAGAACCAGAAUUCUCUCAGGUUUAGGAGAAAUGCUUCAGGUUUGUGUUUUGUGAUCAUUGGGAAAUUUGUCAAUAAAAAUCCGUGUCUUGGAGCCAGAGCUCUCUCUCCCUCCUCUCUCGUCGCUCUCCCUUCCUCCCCCACCACCAUCAUCAGCACUACCAGCACGGGAGAGAAGAAGAAGAGGAAGAUGAAGAAGAAAAGAAGAGGAGAAGA